AUGUAUUUUGACCAGAGCGGUCCGCCCCAUUUGUUUCCCCGAAGCCAGGAAGGAGGCGUGCUGUGGUGUGACUCAAUCUUUUUGAUCGGACGCUGCAACUCAAGAAAGCAGAAGUUCUGUUCAGUUUUAGCCAAGACUUCGGAGGAAGAGGCCAUAGUUUUAAGCCUUGCCAAGACGGGAGAACAUGAGGGACAAAGCGGGAGUGGCCAUUUUGCUGGCAGUGGUCGCCUCUGUUGUGCAUGCACAGACAGGCGGUUGUGUCCGGACAUCUCAUUUUUCCAGCAGGCGACGGACCACCCGUGCGAGCGGCUGGUAAACGCGGACAGCGGGAUUGAAACGCUGCGGAAACGUGUGGAGCACACAAUACUGAAGGCAGUGAAUAUCGGAAGAACCGGCUGGGCAUUACCGUCACAAACACGGAAAGUUGCAGUGGGAGAAUAUGAGACGUUACCUGAGGGACAGGAGGCACACUGGGAGGUCGUGGAGAGAGUUCUGUUCCUGUACGCUAAACUCAACCCCGGGCAGGGAUACGUGCAGGGGAUGAACGAGAUCAUCGGGCCGCUGUACUACGUCUUUGCUUCAGAUCCCAACAAGGAGUGGCAAGAGCAUGCGGAGGCCGACACCUUCUUCUGUUUCACCCACCUGAUGUCUGAGAUCAGGGACAACUUUAUCAAGAUGCUGGACGACUCGGCCUCGGGCAUCGGCUCCUCCAUGCAGAACGUCUUAACUCUUCUUCAGAAGCACGACCAGCAACUCUGGAGAUGUCUGGAGGACCGAGGUGUCAGGCCGCAGUUUUACCUCUUCAGAUGGCUGACCUUACUGCUGUCCCAGGAGUUCAAAAUGCCAGAUGUGAUCCGAGUCUGGGACUCGCUGUUCGCAGAUCGGCGGAGGUUCGACUUUUUGUACUGUGUGUGCUGUGCCAUGAUCAUCUGCAUCCGUAGCCGGAUUCUGGAAGGGGAUUUCUCCGACACCAUGAGGACACUACAGAACUACCCAGAUGGAGACAUCCACGUUGUCUUGAGGAAAGCUGUGGAGAUCUGUCCGUCUUGAGACAUGCUGCAUCUUAGACACACGUCUUAGACACGUUCCCUGCAGACACGCCCCUUUCUUAGCCCCUCUUGAUAUCUCCCUUUUCUAAGACAUGUUCCUUGGACCUUCAGUCUUUGAGACAUGGCUUCUUAUACCAGAAAGUUUCUGCCAUCUUUAUCACUGUAAAACCUUCUACAUUUAAGACUCCUUCCCAUGUCAUUGAGGCUCCUUACCGUGUCAUCUUCAGUUCACCAGCAAUGUCCCAGAUUACCAACCUGGUUUGCGUCUGUUUGCCUUUUAAGUUUUAUCAUCUUCAAACAUUUUUAUCAUUCUUUUAUCUGAACAGCAGAAGCUGUGGGAUUUUGGAAGUUUUUUUAGGUCCGAAUAAAGUGGAUAGAUUUAAUGAUACAAUAUCAGCCUCCGGCAUCUGACUAUAUUUUCUGUAACUGUUUGUACUAAGGUACAGACCUUCCCCUCAUUUUAAUGUCAGAUAGCAGUUGUUCUUGCAGCUGGAUAUGAUUUUGGAAAGUUUCAGGUAACUUCCACUAUCUUUUGCCAUUGACACUGAGUAGACUUGUUGAGAGCCAGUUUUAUGUCAAGAACGUCUUUUGCUCUUGCUAUUCCAGUUCAGUGUUACUUGUUCAUCCUAUAAGCAACAAAUUGGCUUUUUAAAAACAAUCUCAGGCCUGGUUAGUGCCGAAAAACUGGAGGUUUUUCCCUUUUCUUUGUAACAAAAUACCUGUAAACUACAUCGAGAAGUAUCCAGUGUUUCUCAGUGUUUAUGUAACAUUCUACAUUUGCCACAUUUUGCCACUUUCUGUAGACCAAGCAUGCCUGUAUCAAGUUACAUUAAGCACUGUAUCAGAUAAAUUUAAGUAACAUUUUCUUAUUUUCUCAAUGACUUAAUUUGGUAAUACCUCCAUUAUGAAUUUGCUGAUUACAAUAAUCUCUAUGCUGUAUCAGUUAUUCAGACUAUGUAGGAAUCCUUCACUGCACAAAUUCUGCAAGCAAUAUUUUAAAGGGAAGUUUUUAAUCACCAUAUUGAAAGCGAAAAUUAAAGUUAAAUGGGAUUUUUGCCUGUGCUGCCUGUAUCAAACUAGCUUGUACAUGUGGCAGAUUUAUUUACAAACAACAAUCUUGGUAAUUUAAGGAGUUUCUUAUACAUUGAUGUUUUUGUAGAAAACUGAAGAAAAUUAUCCUGAAGGAAACAAGUUUUGAUAAGAUGUGGAAAGUUAGCAAUCAGCUCAGAUCAACCAUUUUUAGCGUGUAAAAUGGCCAGUUUGUCUUGAAAUUGUACAGGUAGAAUUGAUUUAUUUUAACUUCAGCUUAAUGUUGUUUCUGAUCUUGCUUUUCAUUUUAAUUUUAUUUGAGAUUCUGCUCUAUUUAGUUACACCUGUAUACUGUAUCUUUCUAUAUGGAGGAUAUUUUACGAUAUUAUUCACCUGUACAGGAAAUGAUGAAGGUCAUGAGAUAUGACAAUAAAUGAAGGAAACUG